AUGACAGCUACUCAGAAACACAACCUCUUCACGCCCGAGCCUCACUAUGUCCCUGGGUAUGCUGGCUUCUACCCACAGCUGCGCUACCAGGUGGGGAACACCUAUGGGCGCACCACAGCACAGCUGCUCACAGACCCCAGCGUGCAGAAGAGUCCGUGCUCGGUGCUGUCCCCGAUAUCCAAGCCCAAGUUCAUUGAGGACUUCAGCAAGUCCAAGCCACCUUUGGUGCCCUGCCGAGACCUGAUGGAGCCCUACAUCCCCCACUACACGGGUCUGAAGCCCUACAAGAACUUUGAGAUCCUGGGACGGUUCUCACCCCAGGAGGUGGAUGCUGGAGAUCGACUAGGGGUCGAGAAUGUAUCCAGGCAUGUCCCACUGCCUGCAGGCUUCAUGCCCUACCCUCCCUACCCCCCGUGCCCGCCAGGCAGCAAGGGGGACUCCAGGGACCUUGGACAUCCGGGCCUGCGGCUGGCAUACGGGGAGGAGGGCUGGACGAGAACCACCCCUGUCCACGAGGCCCCUGGGCGGUACCAGCUGUACCACUGCAGGAGGGAUGAGUACCCACCCCCAGCUCUCCAGCAGGAGACACUAGAUGUAGGCAGGUUCCAAAGGCUGCCCCAGCUGGACCACCCCAACCUGAUUCAACGAAAGGCCAUCUCAGGAUAUGCUGGCUUCAUCCCCCGGUUUGCCUGGGUGAUGGGGGUGAACUACCGCACCGGGGUCACACAGGCCAUGGAUGAGUUUGACAAAAGCCAGUUCCUGUUUAGAAACCCCAUCUGCGCCCUGGGUGAGCGGCUGCCCCAAACGUACUGGCCCAGCAACACCAUCUACAACAGCCAGGGCCUGGUGCCCUUCUACACGGGGUUCAUUCCGACCAUGCAGGACCAAUUCGGACUGACGUUCGGCAACAGCAGCCGCAAGGCCUAUCAGAAGGAACUGGAGAGGAGAAACCAGACACUAUGA